CGGUCCCACGGAACGUGACAUCAUGACCUGAGCCGAAGUCAAGAGUCGGUCGCUUAACCGACUGCCCCAGCGGGCGCCCCAAGUGCUCUACGAUUUAAAGUGUCUCCUCAGGUCGUUUAUGCCCAUUCUCUCUCUCUCGUGUGUGUGUUAGUGUGUGCGCGCGCCAAAUCUGAGACAAUUUCAUCCACGACUUCUUUCCGUACGUUUCAGCCCUCCUUGUUGUCCCCAUUCUGGGACUCAGUGGCACCAACACUCGUCGUUUGUGGCUGUUGCUCCGCUCCCUGGACGCUGCUCGUUGUUUCCAGUCUGUUUCUCUCUGUUAUUUGGUGGGGUGGUUUCUGUUGUUUUGGUUUCAAGUUCAAGGACUUUUUUCUCUCUCGUGUCGUGUUCACUCGGCCGUUGAGCCACCCAGCAAGCCUUGCUCGGUUAUGGUGCCUCUUAGAUCUCAAUUUCUGUUGGCGUCUUUGUAAGUUUUUCUAAGGCUGCACUAACUGCUUGUUGAAGCAUUUUAAGUAAUGGCCGCUUUAAAGUCCUCAUCAGAGGAUUUAAGCAUCUGUGUCAUCUUGGUGUUAGGACCUGUUGACUGCUUUUUCUCUUCCCGGCUCUCCGUGUGACCGGCGACUUUGGCUUGUGUCCUGGACACUUUGGGAAUUGCGCCGUGUGACUCUGAACCCCGUUGCAGGCUCUCUGCUGGCGGUCACCGGCGUGGGGUGGCCCCCAGGCCCACAGCAGCCUGCAGCCGCGGCCCCUGGGGCGCUCUUCGCCGGGACUUUUGUGAGUGCUGUGAUGUUUGUGCAGUGACAAGAACGGGGAGAUGGACCAGCAGCGGGAACAGUACGAAAACCUGAAGUGGAAGCUGGAGAGGAAGCUGGAGGAGCUGGACGGCGAACUUGCUCUGCAGAAGCAGGAACUGCUGUUGGAGUUUGAGUCCGAGCUGCAGAAGAGGGAGCACGAGUUCCGCCUGCGGGCCGACCACAUGAGCAACGAGGUCCUGACGCACGAGCUCAAGGUUAAAUUACUGGACAAGGAGCUGGCAGCGCAGAAGGAGGCUGCCGCCCAGGCCACGGAGUCGCUGCGGAGCGCCGAGGCCGCGAACUCGGAGCUGCGGGACCGGCUUCAGCUCGGCGAGCAGGAGCUCAGGGACCUGGCGGCCGCCAAGGACGCCCGGAUAAAGGACCUGGAAGGCAGACUUCACUCGGAGCAGCUCUCCAGGAAGAAGGAGGAGGAGGUGUUCCGGAGGAAGCACGAGGCGCUGGACCACCUGGCCAGGGAGAGGGCCGCGGUGCUGGCGGCUGUGAAGGACGCCCACGCGGAGCAGCUGCGGGCGCUGGGGGCCAGGGCGCGGGAGCUGCAGGCGCACAGCGAGAGCCUCGAGCUGCAGCUCCGCAGGGCGGAGUGGAGGCAGGCCGAGGCCUUGAAGGAGAAGGACGCCGCCAUGGACAAGCUUCGUGAGGACGCGUCGGCCCUGCAGUCCGGCUGGGAUGCCCAGGCCGCUCAGCUCUGCAAGGACCUGACCUCCAGGGACCUGCAGGUCCAGGCGCUGCAGGAGGAGGCGGUGGAGCUCAAGGCACAGCUGGCCAGGUGCCAGGAGGACACCGGCAGGUACAAGCAGCAGCUGCUGGCGGCGGUGGAGCGGGAGCAGUGCCUGCAGCGCGACAAGGUGCAGCUGGACCUGGACUGGCGACGCCGCUGUGACAGCGUUGAGAGGGACCGCUACCGCGCGUCCGAGGACCUGCUGCAGGCUCUGACCGCCGCGCGGGACCAGGUUGCUGCCAAGCUCCAGGAGACAGAGCGGACGCUGGGUGACCAGGAGGUGGUGCUGAAGGCCUUGACCCUCGAGAGAGACCAGGCGGUGCAGGCCCUGAGGACGCGCGGGCUCCUUCCGGAGAAGGAGGUGCAGGUGCUCCUAAAGCAUCAUGAGGAAGAGAUAAGUGAAAGUUUUCCGUCUAGUGAGAUCCGGAGGCUCCAGGAGCAAAACGCAAGCUUGCGACGGGCCGUUGCGGAGAUGAGGAAGGAGAUGGAGAGUCUGAGUAACCAGGUUCUUCCUGCGGCGCCGUCAGGGGAUCGGCCCUCUGACAGCGCACAGCCCCCUCCAAAGGCAGCGGCUGAGGCCGUGGCUCCUGAUCACAUCCUGGCCCUCGAAGCAGAAAUAAGAAAUCUGAAGCAUCAGUUUAAAACCCUGGAGGGCCAGGUGGGGGCUGUGCCGGAGCCUCCGAAGGCGCCCGCGCCUCCCGCUGGCACUCAAGCCGGUAUCUCAGCCGAAGCCCCUGGAGGAGCCGUGGGUCUAGCGCUCGGGAGGCUCAGACACAGGACACACCUCCUCAACUUCCUGGUGACCCAGCUCAGGCAGAAGGUGCUGCAGAAACCCCUGGACGUGGGCACCGUCCGGCGCGAGCUGCCCCACGAGGUGGACCAGGUGCACCUGGAGGUGUUGGAGCUGCAGAAGCAGGUGGCCGAGCUUGAGGAGCAUGUCGGGAGGCAGGUCCCUGCAGACCAAGGACCCUCGGAGACCCAAGACCAGGGGCCACAGCCCCCACGGGCAUCGUCUGUGCCCCGACUCCAAAGGAAGCUGGAGGAGGCCGCCCGAGAAAUCAUCCGCCUCCGCCUGGAGAAGGAGCAGCUCCUGGAGACGGGAAACCGGCUCCGAGCAGAGCUGGGCCACGCCCCGGGGAAGCCCCCUCAUCAGCCCCUGCCCACCCCUGGGGCCUGGAUCCAGACUGAAGCCCCUCGAGGACAGGCGAAGUUCCCCUCCGUGGCCCAGGGCUCUGAGAGCGCCAAGACAGAACGUCCCUCUGGAUGCUCGGGGGAGGCAGAGCCCGGCCUGGCCCAGACCGUCGGCAGAGGCCCUCGCCCACUAGGCUGCGUCGUGCGAGCCGAGGCCACGGGACAGGGGCAGCACGGGACCUCUGGGGUGACAUGCAGGUCGGCUCGGCAGAAAGAAAACCGGUCCCCAAAGCCACGCCCGGCUCACAAGUCCCGCGAGGAAAAGAGCCACCACCCGCGAAGCUCCUCAUCGCUGUCCAGCGGUCCCCUCCGGGACACGUGGAAGUUACUGGAGCUGGGCUCCAGCCCCUCCGGCCUCACGUCCCAGGACGGCUGUGCGCCAGUUUCAGGUGCACCUUCGGUUUCCUGGUCUCAUAAGGGUCAUUCCAUCUCUGGAGGACACUGCGCAGCUAGGUCACACUCCUGUCCCCUCGCUAAGGAAAGGCCUCCGGGGACCAGUAGCCCCUCCAGCCAUAGAUGUGACAAGGGACCUGGCUGCAUUCCAGCGAAAGCUCGCUUACAGAGCCCGAGGGAGCCUUGUUUGGAGUUUCCUUGCCGUCUGGGACUGUGUACACACGAGGUGGGCGUGGUUGUGUGGCGAAGACCCGGCGCUCGUGAACCUAAAGGAGGCGGGCUGGGCUUUCCCCUAAAUGUGAUCGCUGUGUAUUUACAAUACAGGCUUGGUCAAAUUACAUCGCCCCUACGUCCCUGCUUUACUAAGUGCUUUCAUCGUGAAUAGGUGUUAAACUUCAUCAGACUUUUUGCCUUGAUUACGAGAAACGUGAUUUUUUUUCAUUUAUUUGUGUGGUAAAAUAUGGUGGUAGAUUUUCUGAAAAUAAGCCAGCCUUGCACUACUGAGGUAGACGGUACUUG